AUGGGCAACGUCGAAAAGUCGUUUGGUGUUCGUCGGGCAGAGGCCCAGAUCAAACAGUACAACAAGAAGUACCAGAAAGUGCUGAUUUUCCUGGCCAUCUUCGUGAUGGCGUACGUAUUCCGGCUCGACGCCGCGGUUAGAAAGACGUUCCAGACUUAUGCUACCAACUCGUACAAGGCGCACUCGCUUGUUUCGACGGUCUCGACCGUCCGCUCGGUGGCCGCCGUGUGCGCGUUGAUCAUUUACGGCAGAUGCUGCGACAUCUUCGGCCGCAUGGAGAUCCUGUGUGUCAGCCUGCUGCUCUACGCGGUCGGCUCGGUGAUCGAGUCGCAGGCAUACACGGUGACGCGGUUUGCUGCGGGCGCAAUAUUGUACCAAAUCGGCUUGACAGGCAUCCAGAUCUGCACUCUGGUGAUCACUGCGGACUUCUCGAACCUCAACUGGCGCACGUUCUGCGUCUUCAUCGACGCCAUGCCGCUCAUUAUUAACACAUGGAUCUCGGGCAACGUUGUGAGCAGCAUCGGCGAGGAAAACUGGUCGUGGGGGAUCGGUAUGUGGGCCAUCAUCAUGCCGGUGGCAGGGCUGCCGCUCGUGCUCAUGCUGGUACACAUGCGGUACCUCGCUGUGAGAAACGGCGAUCUGCACGAGGAGCUGCAGCGCCCACGGAUGAAUAGCAAACAGUUCUGGCUCGACCUGUGGAAUAUUUUGCUCUGGCAACUUGACGCCGUCGGUGUGCUCGGCGCGGCCCUCGUGAUCGGCCUAUUUCUGACGCCGUUCACCUUGGCCGGCGGAGAAGAUCGGCAAUGGCGCACCGCCAAGGUGAUUGUUCCGCUCGUUCUCAGCGGCUUGCUGCUACCGCUUGUCGUACUUUGGGAGAGCAAGUACGCCACGCAUCCGAUUCUCACCCGCAAGAUCGUCAAGCAUCGCUCCGUGAUUCCCGCACUCGUGAUCGGCUUCUGGUCCAGCGUGGCCUGGGAACUGGAGGGUGAGUACCUCUACACGGUACUGGUGGUCGCUUUCCACCAAAGUGUCAAGGCGGCAACACGGAUAGCAUCGCUAUUCAGCUUUUCUGCGGCUCUCGGUGGUGUGUUUCUCGGCCUGGUCAUUGUGGUAGUGAGAAAAAUGAAACUCAUCAUGUUUGCCGGCAUCGGCAUCUCUUUCAUCGCGUACGGUCUAAUGUACAGGUACCGGACGGGCGAGGCUUACGUGGGGGGUAUGAUUGCCGGGCAGGUGCUUUUGGGAAUCGGCUCUGCCGGGUAUACCCACCAGGUCAGAGUGUCGUUGCAAUCGUACGUCAACCACGAGUAUCUGGCCAACGUCACGGCACUGUACUCGGCAAUGACGAGUUUGGGCUCUGCUGUGGGGUCUUCAAUUGCAGGCGCAAUUUGGACGCAAGUGCUGCCCGGCCAGAUUGCUAAAAAAAUGCAAAAUUCACAGAUGGCAGCACUGGCGUACCAGGCUCCGUUGAAAUUUAUCACGAAGCACGCGUGGGGCAGCGAGGCCAGAAUACAGCUGGUCGAGUCCUACGACUACGUGCAGCGCAUCUUCCUAAUUAUUGCGCUAUGUUUCUGUGUGCCGAUUUUGGCAUUAAUGUUUCUGAUCGAGGACCCAAAGCUUAAAAGUGUCACGUCGCUCGAGCUGGAGGAGAAAUAUGAAAAAUAA